CAUGUUGCUGUGUUGUCAUUGCCAGCGCCGCACACAGUUCGUGAAGGGCAGAAAGCGGCUGGAUUAACGCUAGACUCGGACUGCAUGGCAGGAUGACAUGCCCAGAUAACACAUGCACCACUGAUUAAAACCAACUGUCACCGCAUGCGUGCGUCAAAGCUGUCGACGUUCAGUCGCGUUUAGUGCGCUCAGAGAUGGACGCGCAUCUGUGGGAUCAUCUCCAGGCUGGCAGCUCGGAGGUGGACUGGUGUGAGGGGAAUUAUCUCAUUUAUCCCGGAAUAGCGGAGUUUUAUAACACGAUAAGCAACGUGCUGUUCUUUGUCCUGCCUCCGAUCCUCAUGUGUCUGUUCCGUCAGUACGCCACGCACUUCAACAGUGGCAUCUAUCUGAUCUGGACUCUGCUGGUGGUGGUUGGUAUCGGCUCCACCUACUUCCAUGCGACGCUGAGCUUUCUGGGGCAGAUGCUGGACGAACUGGCCAUACUGUGGGUGCUCAUGUGUGCCAUCGGCAUGUGGUUCCCCAAGAGAUACCUGCCCAAGAUGUUCCGCAGAGACAGAUCGAGGUUCAAAAUGGUCAUCGGCGUCCUCUCAGGGAUCACCACGUGUCUGGCCUUCAUCAAGCCAGCGAUAAACUCCAUCUCUCUCAUGACGCUGGGCAUCCCGUGCACCGCUCUCCUCAUCACGGAGCUGAAGAGGUGUGAUAACCUGCGUGUGUUUAAGCUGGGUCUGCUCUCGGGUCUGUGGUGGACUCUGGCGCUCAUGUGCUGGAUCAGUGAUCGUAUUUUCUGUGAGAUGUGGUCUUCUGUCAACUUCCCGUAUCUACACUGUGUCUGGCAUAUCCUCAUCUGUCUGGCGUCUUAUCUGGGAUGUGUGUGUUUUGCGUAUUUCGACGCGGCGUCAGAGGCUCCGGAGCAGGGGCCCGUCAUCAAAUUCUGGCCCAGCGAGAAAUGGGCUUUCAUCGGGGUGCCAUACGUCACUCUUCUGUGUGUGCACAGGAAGUCCUCUGUGAAGGUGACUUGAGCGGUGCUCACUAAGGUAUCCGACUACUCUUCAGUGCACUUUGUCAUGGACUUUCACACGAAGGCGAAUCCUGCCUUUGUGUGUGGUUUUGUCUUUGGGGAAGGAUGACGUCAAUCAGUGUUAUUCAGCACAAAAUCAGCUCUCAGUUUACUUUCGAGGGGAAGACGUGUGAUUUCAUGGUUUAACGUUACACAGGGUUUCACUUAAGGUCAGAAGUUUUGGAAUAAAAAAGAUUUUUAUAAGUCUCUUCUGCUCACCAAAGCUGCAUUCUUUUGAUAAAAAAUGCAGUAAAACAGUAAUAUUGUGAAAUAUCAUUAAUAUAAAAAUAUCAUUACAUUUUUGGGUAAUUAAUAAAAAAAUACUUUUAGUAAGCAAGGAUGCAUUAAAUGACACUAAGGACUUUUAUUACGUUAAACUUUUUUUUUAUAAUACAUGCUGUUCUAUUCAUCAAAGAAUCCUGAAUAAUAACCUAUAAUUAACUGAGCAGCAAAUCUGCAUAAUAUACUGAUUUCUGAAGAUCAUGUGACUCUGAAGACUGCAGUAAUGAUGCUGAAAAUUCAGCGCUGCAUCACAGAAAUAAAUUAGAUUUUAUAAUAUAUUAUAGUAGAGAACAAUUAUAUUAAAUUGUAAUAAUAUUUCCUGUAAAUCUGAUCAGGAAUAAGAGACUCGGUGAGCAUAAGAGACUUAUUUCAAAGCUUUCCAAACCUUACCACAUAUAAAAACACAAUAGGAGGGGCACUUUUAAAAUACACGUUCACACCAGCAAUUGAGCUUGAAAUCAAAUAUGAGGAUUUAGUUUAUUUGUGCAUUAAAACUGUGGAAAGGUUCAUUGAAUCUGCUCCUGUAAUGAAGCAGCUCAGCCACAGAUGAGUGUGUUAACACAAAGCAUCGUAUUUCACAGUAGUACUAUGAAGUUGCCUUUUUUUUUUGCCAACACUGUAUGGAUUUCAAAUGAAAAGCUGCACCAAGUGAUUUCUGGCUAACAUAAGAAAGGUGUUGGAUUUUACACUGACACCUGUUGGUCUGGACACAGCUUUACACAAAAGGAAAUGUUUUCACUAAUUGCAUGUGUUGAGUAAUUUUGAUAUGGAGGAUCUCAUGUGAAGGUACAUCAUUUUAAGUACUAUUGAUUUAUUUUAAGUGGGAAAAAUGACUUUUAAGGCACACAAUCAUCUCCAGUGUCAGGGAAAACACUGAGGUUGUUUUUUCCCCAGCCAUACUGAGUUAUGACGUCUAUAUUUAACGCAGCAUAAACUGGACUGUGUUGCACGACUGUGAAAUCAAUGCAGUGUAUUUGACUGAUUUUAAAACACUGCACGACAAUAGUUUCCUGAACUGAAUGUAUAGGAAAUCUCCCUUGAGAGAGAAAGUUGGUCCUUGCUUUUCUGAAUGUCUUCACACAAUAAUGUUGAUAUAAAGCCUAACACUUUCUCUUUUUCUUCCUUAGUUUAGUUCUUUAGGCUUUUUGCGGUUUGUAUCUUCAUUUGUCAAAGAACAAAUUGCCUUUGGUCAUUGCAAGAACCAAAAACCUUAUGUACAGUAUGCAAUAAAAACACAGAUUCAGCUGUGGUUUGUACAUUAAUGACACUUUCAUGCUGCUUUCUUCCGAUGCCACAAAAAUGCAUCAGUGUUUUAAAGAGAAACUGACCAUCAGCUGAGUUUCGUAAUGCUUCGCCACUCGUCCAGAGCUGUAGUUUUCUAAAGCAGUGUGAUUCUUGUGUAACUUUCUGCUCAUGCAAUGCAAAAUGUGUACUGUAAGCCAAUGCAAUGGCUAUAACAUGUGUGUGUGUGUGUGCGAGAGAAAGUGUGUGUGUGUUUGUUUCUGCUACAUUGAGGAUAGUAAAACAUGACAUUUUUAACCUAUGAGGGAAAAACUGAUUAAAAAUAGUGAAUGAUGUUCAUCUGUCCCCCAGACCCAGAUGCAACAAAGGGACCAAGUAUACAAAGACUAUUUAUUUUGUGACUUCUUUAAUAAUUUUAUAACUACCACUAAAUAAUGGUUUUGUAACCGAAUGAGUUUGAUUGUAUUUUUACACCUUAUUUAAUAAAAACAUGCUGCGAAUUAACACGA